AUGUCUACUGUCGUUAAGGAACUUUCCUCAAUUUUUACAUUUAAAGACAUUAUAUGUUGGGCUGACUCCACUAUUGCUUUACAUUGGAUAAAUAACACUAAAAAAGUUUAUCGUACCUUUAUACAAAAACGUGUACGUAAAAUUCGAGAAGAUUUUGAUAUUACCCAUUGGAAAUAUGUAGACUCUCGUAAUAACCCAGCAGAUAUAGCUUCAAGAGGUACAGACAUAGUAGAUUUACAAAAUUGUAAACAUUGGUUUAAUGGACCUUUGUUCCUAUGUAACAACCUCAAUGAUUGGCCAAAAUUUGAUCUAGUAAAUCAACCUUUGAAUAUUGUUGAAGAAAUAUUAACUAAUAUUGUUGCAAGUGACACUUCUAAUAAUUUAAAUAUGGUUGACAUUAAAAAGCUUAAUAGCUAUACCCUUUUAUUACGUGUUACAGCUUUAGUAUUACGGUUCAUUAGACACCUCAAGAAGAAGAAAGCUAAAAAAAGUUUAAAACUAUCUCCUCUAGAUUCCUCAGAGAUUGAUUAUGCUUUAAAAAUUUGGAUACAAUAUACCCAACAAACUAUCACCAGUACAAAGAACUAUAAACAAACCCAACGUAAUCUAAAUCUACGUGAAGUUGAUGGUAUUAUACGUUGCUAUAUAUCAUACGUUGCCAUCAGAAAUGAAGUAUCUAUCCCCAUCUUCUUGCCACGCGAUUCAGAGUUUACUGAUUUAGUUAUUUACUACCAUCACUCGAUAGUCAUACAUAACGGUAUAAAAAAAACAUUAAACCAGCUACGCAGUAGGUUUUGGGUACCGAAAGCGAGAAAUUACAUCAAGAAACUUAUUCGGAAAUGUCACUUAUGCAAACGUUUUGAAGGGCUGCCUUACUCUUACCCCAGAGCACCGCCUUUACCAUUAAGCAGACUAAAUGAUGACCAUGCCUUUAAAUUUACAGGUGUGGACAAUGCAGGCUCUUUAUACAUUAAAACUAUAUAUGAAAGCAAUGAUUUAUUCAAAACUUGGAUUUUUUUAUAUCCCUGUUGUACUAGACGCUCUUUAUUUUUAGAUCUAGUUCCUGAUUCAUCAGCUGAAUCUUGUGUUCGUAGUUUACGACGGUUUAUAGCAAAACGAGGAGCACCUGGUGAAAUUACUUCCGACAAUGGCUCACAUUUUAUCUCUAAAGUCACUCAAGACUUUAUAUCAUCUCGUGGAAUAUCAUGGCAUUUCAACCCUCCCGCUGCACCGUGGUGGGGAGGAUACUUCGAAAGACUUGUUGCUUCAACAAAACGCUGUCUCCGCAAAGUAAUAGCAAAUGCACGCCUUACCUAUGAAGAGCUUUUAACUAUAUUAGCCGAAGUUGAAGCUGUCGUCAACAAUCGUCCGAUCACAUUUACAUACAAUAAACCUGGAGACACCCCAUUGACGCCAAAUCAUUUAUUAUAUGGGAGGACAUUAAACUUUUUAGCAAUUGAAGAUGACAAUAUAGAAUAUAACUUAAAUGCACGCAGCGCAUACAUUAGUAACAUUCUAAAUCACUAUUGGAAGCGAUGGAGAGAUGAAUAUGUUAUUAAGCUAAGAGAAUAUCACAAACAUAUUAAAGGAAAGGGAACAAAUCAAAUUGCAAUAAACGACUUGGUAUUAAUACACGAUCCUAAUAUUAAACGAGGGUUAUGGAAAACGGGAAUUGUUCAAAGACUAAUCAAAUCACAUGAUAAUCAAAUACGAAUAGCAGAAGUUAAGUAUAUUAGAAAUGGAAAAGAAAUUAUCAUUCAAAGACCUAUUAAUAGGCUGUACUUUUUAGAAGGUUCGCUUCGAAUGUCGAACGAAAAAAUAAUUAACGUGAAGUUCUGCGAUGAAAAUGACAUUAAACUCUUUGUAAAUAAUUAG